AUGGCAAAGCUUAUCGAUGUAUCUCGUAGUUUACGUUUACUAUUGGCUUUUCUCAUUCUGGUAGUCGUUAUUCAUGAAUCAGUUGAAGGAAGAACAAUCGCAAAAGCAUCCAACAAAGCGAUACUCAAAACCCUAAAGGGUGACAAUGAUGAAAUCGUUGACUGUUAUGAUGUAUACAAACAGCCUUCUCUCAAUAAUCCUUUGCUCCAGAAUCAAACAAUCCAGCAAGCAAAGAUUAUUCUCCAAGGCGACGGUUUUCGAGGUGCACAAGCCAAAAUAAAUAUUUGGAAACCAGUGACUGAACCAGGGGAAUAUAGUGCAUCAAUAGUUUCGGUUGCAGCGGGUGAUGACGGUGGAGAAUCUAUUAAUGUGGGAUGGCAGGUCAAUUCAGCAUUGUAUGGUGAUAAUGAAGCCAGGUUUUUCGUGUUUUGGACGGCCGACAACUCCAAAAGUACGGGUUGUUAUGACCUCAAGUGCACAGGCUUUGUGCAGACUUCCUCGGUUAUUUACCCUGGUAUCACUUUCAAUCCAAUAGCCGGAUCCGUUUUUCAGGGCACCCAAUACGAUGCCACCUUCAGUAUAUUCCAGGACCAAUCCACCGGAAACUGGUGGGUACAAUAUCAAGGGUCUGAGGUGGGAUACUAUCCGCCAUCUCUUUUCAAGCAAUUAUCAAUAAAAGGUACCGCAGUACACAUUGGUGGUUUGAUCUUCAACACAAGAAAUCAAGGAAGACAUACUGCUACUCAAAUGGGCAGUGGUCAUUUACCAUCGGAAGGAAAAUUUGGAGUAUCAAGUUAUUUUUCUCAAGUUAAAGUAAUCGAUGGAAAUAAUAUAGCUAGAGACCCUAAGACUGUUGUAGUGUAUCAAACAAAUCCAAAUUGCUAUGGUUUGUCUGUUGAUCACCACCAACAUCUGCAAGGUUAUGGCUUUUUCUAUGGAGGCCCUGGCUUUAGCUAUAAUUGUCAGUAG